AUGAGCGAAAUAAAAAAGGUUAUAGUAGUUGGGGCUGGGGGCUACCUGAACCCCGUUGUAAUCUCGUCUUUGCAGUCGCACGGAUUUGCUGUUUCUGUUCUGGUCAGGGACGCUUCGAACGUUGUGCCUCCCGGCGGAACUACGGUUUAUCGUACCGAUUAUUCGGACUCUUCUAUUUUGCUUGCGUUCAAGGGUCAAGAUGCUGUCGUCAAUACAAUUACAAUGCCGGAUUUUGAAGAGCAGAAGAAAAUGAUUGACAUUGCCGUUUUGGCUGGGGUGAAGCGAUUCAUACCGGCCGAGUUUGGCAUCGAUACCUCCAAGGAGGAAACGGUCGAGAUUAUGACUUUUUUGAAGAUGAAGCCUCGGAUCAUACAGUAUCUCCAAUCUAUCCAAGACAAGAUAACUUGGACGGGGAUUAUAACCGGACCUUUUUUCGACUGGAGCCUACGGCAAGGAUUCUUCUCAUUCAAUGUCCGAACCCGAACAGCUUAUAUCCACCAGCCUGGGCACCAUACUCACCGUCUCAGUUGGUCGAAUUUGGCAAAUGUCGCAGAGGCUGUGUCGCAUGUCCUCUUCUCCAGCAACUUUCCGAUCGUGGAUAACCGAUACGUGCAUGUAAGAUCAUUCAAUGCAAGCCAAGAUGAAAUUCUGGAGUCGCUUAUAUCGGCCACGAGAAGACUGGAUAUCGCAAGAGGCCAGGACCACACGGAGUGGAAGAUUAUUGAUGUUGACCUGGAAGAGAAAGUCUCGGAGGCGCGGAAUAAAUUGGCCCAAGGCGACACUAGCAGCCUGGGCUAUAUUCUUAGCAAAGCCAUCUAUCGUACUGGCGGCAAUUACGAUGUGGAGGGCGUCGUGAUGAACGAAAAGCUAGGGAUGAAGCUGGAAGAAAGCCUGGAUGCCACUGUCCAACGAGAAGUGGCGAGGCUUUUAUCUUGA